UUUAGCCGGUAACAGUAAGAGAAAGAACAUCAACGAGAACUCCUGUGGAUUUACCCAGCUCACAAAGGAAAGUUAUUCAAGUCCGUUCUGGAUUUUACAUGCAACAUGACUUUUGAGGAACUUAACGGAGAUUACUCUAUUGAAAGGAUGGAAUCGGUGAUUAAGGCUCUGGAGGAGGUCCUGCGCUCCGCAUUACCGCAGGGAUGCAUCACAGUCGGUGUUUACGAGGCUGCAAAGUCCCUCAAUGUUGACCCUGAUAACGUGGUGCUGUGCAUCCUGGCCACUGACGACGACGAUGUGAAGGAUGUGGCGCUUCAGAUUCACUUCACUCUCAUCCAGGCUUUCUGCUGCGAGAACGACAUCAACAUCCUGCGCGUGAACAACACGCGCCGCCUCGCGAACAUCCUCGGGGGCGCGGGCAUGCACGGGAGCGAGCAGAUGGACUUACACUGCAUUCUGGUCACGGUCCCACAUGCAUCCACAUGGAAGAACCCGGCUCUGGGAAAAGUGAACCGCUUCUGCAGAGAGAGCCGCUGUAUGGAUCAGUGGGUGCCCAUUAUUAACCUUCCAGAACGAUGAGGAGAACUGAAACCCAAAAUCGGGUGAAAAAAAAAAACACGAAUCAAAAAAUAUCUAGCAAAAAAUGAUAAAAGCUAAAAAAGGUGGUCACAAAAAGGACUGAGAGUUCAGGCCGGACGGAAGCACCUUCAGAAUAACCUGAAGGAGGAGGAGGAGGAGCUCUCUCUUGCAAUGAUUCAGCAGUUUUUGGCUUUGUUUGUGGGACUUUCUAAGGACGUCACAUGAAGCUGAUUGUGAAUGGAAGUGAGCACCUGAGUAUCUUGUGACAGUUUAUUGAUGGAGUGUCAUAAAGCACUUCAGAUAAUUACAGGAUAGCAGAUUUCUCAGUGGACAGUUUUCCAAAGGGGCUUCCCUUGUUUGUAGAUUUGCCAUCUUUCUGAAUAAUAAUAUAUCAGCAGUACUUGUUUAUGAAUGUUGCAAAUGAAAUGAUUUUAAAGGGACUUGCUUCUAAACCACUGAGAUCAAAACUAUGCAUUCAUGAUACCCUGUACCAUUUAUUAUUAUUAUUAUUAUUAAUAAUAAUAUUUCUUUUUUUACAUAAUUGUUCUUUUGUGGUCUUUAAAUUAUUUUAUUAUAUUAAUUUAAAUGAGUAUUUAUGUACGACUUUUUUAUACUAUUAUAUAUUAAACUGUGAAU